AACUUUUUUUGUCCCCACAGAUAAGUUGUAGCAGCCAAUGAUCUGUUUGAGCCAAUAAUUGUUUCCUACACCUAACAUUGCCACUGACGCUUCGCCAUGCGCCAAGUUGCCACUUCCCGCCGGUCAGCGCCACAACACGCCUCCACUAGGCACGAGGAGGCUGGUACAGGCAGGUAUCAAUAUUGGUUGACUCCAGCCUAACAACUUGACAUAACCCCCAGCCCCAGACGGGGGGGCAAAGCCCCCUCCAACUUGCUAUGGAGGGCUUCACCCAACACGUCAAAAUAAAAACUCCAUCCAGACCUAUCGAAACAAAAAACCCAACUCCUAAUGGUAGGGUGGGGGGCUUGGCCCCCCUUCCAUUUGCUAUGGAGGGCUUCACCUCAGUUAGUAAACUUAAACUCCAACUUAACCUAACCCAUAAUGGGGGGGGGCUUUGCCCCACACUGCUGUGAAGGGCUUCACACCACUACCUGCACUGAAUCCACCCAUCUUUUUGGUCUUACUUACACUUUGGACACUCCAGAACCUUGAGUACAGCACCGUCAUUAUGCAAAAAGUCAACUGAUUCGUAAUCACCACUAAAACCUUCCACCGCAGCGAGAGCAUCGCCCCGCACAGACACCUUCCUCAGACUGAUUCAGAUUUUUUCGCUUCUGCCUGCCACUGCUACAUGGAGCGCUGUGAUUGGCUGAAUUAAUGAGGAUUAUUUCUGAUUGUCAGAGGCAUUGUUUUCACGCAUGUGCAGACACCUUCUCUCCCUUCCUCGCGGAUAUGUCCUGCUGGGCCAGGGCCGGGCAACCUCUGGCCCUGAAGGCCUAGUGUCUGGUUCACCAUCUUGUUAGGCAUUAACAUUGCAAUCUGACCUGCAAAACCCCAAAAAGAAAAUAAAACCUUCCAAACAGCAUCUGCUGGCAAAUACUGUUUAGCAAGCCUGUGCUCCUUGCCUCAUUCCGUGAGAGCUGCCAGGUCUGUCCUUUUGAAGACAAUCUGACCUUUUUGAGAUCUGGUUGUCCUAAUUAAUAUAAACAAAAAAGGACAGGUUGAAACUGCAGUGUGUUGCAGCUGCUGUAGGAGUCUGAAGAUCCGUAGUAUCCUGCAGCAGGUUUCCCCGAAGGUGUGGAAGGAAACGGCUCAACACUAGUUGUAGGUUCUUAUUGCUAGAGACAAGUAAGCAGCAUUCCAAGCGAAUGUGUGUAAGCUGUGAGCCCAUGACAGCUGCGAGCCAAUGAAACUGGAGAAGCGAGCGGGCAGAACGUUGCCACAUCUCUCCAUGUUGCCAUGUCAACAAUCUAAAUUGUAUACAUAAUGACAUACAAGUGGAAGUGCAGAAAUAUACAUAUGAUGUGAAUAUCAGUGAGGCAAUAUGGUUACAUAUAAAUAGGGAACAUGUCUCGCAUCACUUAGUACCUACAGAAACUAUCUUGUUGUGGGGCCAAGCUGUUCUGUGUGUGCAACCUGCAGCAGGAGAUGGUCACUUUCCUCCUCCAGAAGAAUCUUCCCCACGCUCAUCAUUAUGACCUGCAGUGGCUCGUUUGCCCGGCCCUGCUCAUGGACAUCAGUUCGCAUCUCAGUGCUGCAAGGCAAAGACAUUCUUGUGACAGACAUGCAGGUCAGGUCAUGGUGUUUUUUUUUUUUUUUUUUUUUACGUUGUUGCCUAUUGCGCCGGUAGGCAUCUUCCCGGUGGGGCCUGAUGGUCGGCCCAAGGCUUCUUCCAGGUGGGGCCUGAUGGUCGGCCCAGCCCGUUCUGGCGCAGGCGAGUGUUUAUAGUGGCGCCAUCUUGCAUUGGCUCAUGCUGCCCCCCGGAACUCGUUCUUGAUUCGCUUGGACGGCUUCCUCUAGAGUCCGAGUUGAUGGGUGGUCUUCAGGACAGCAUGUGGGUAGUUUUAAGCCACUCGGCGGUGACUGAAAAAUCCGAGUGGUAGCGUGAGGAUUCGAACCCGCGUCGUCCAUCACGCGGCGAAUGUGGGUCCAGUACGCAAUUCGGUUUAGAUAAUUGUAAUUGUUUUGGAUAUAUAGACAAGUGUGACAGGCUUGGCGGUGCACCGUUGUGUUGUUGGCGGCGGCAGGGUCUUGUCAGUCUGGAGUGUUUGUUUUCCUCAUUUCUGUGUGUUGUGUGGAGCCAGUGCAUGAUUUGUGUUGUUUGCUUUGCAGAAAACAGCCAUUUUUUGUGAGGAGGGAAGGUGGGAAACAAAAAGAACCAGAAUAGAAAAGUCUGUCAUCAGCACUGGAGGACGACCAAUGCCAAAAGUUUGCUGCUACAGGACACGGUCGCGGCGGCGACAAGUGUUUGUGAAGGAUAAUUAGACUCAACGAGUCUAGCCCAAUCCAACAACAGCCUUGUCACUCCCCCUUGCCUUACCACAGUGCCGGUCAGGUCAGGAUGUGGUGUUGGCCAUGUUGGGAGGAGCACAGCGCCAGGAGACAGUUGCUCAAGUGAGGGUCUGAGGCGGACGCUGUGCUCAGUGCUCGCUGAGUCCGCGCUGCCGCUGACCUCAGGAUCCCUUGGUGCAUCCCUUGCCUCGCCUGCCGCUCGGUCCCUGAGUGUGGCGUCGGGGGAACCUUGCCGCCCGCUGCAGCUUCCCUGAGGUUCCUGCAAGACCCUCACCCCAGGAGUGGUGGGCAGGGGAGGCUGCAAGGCCAGGCAGCAGCCUGAGUGGCGGGACCAGCAGGAACACUGCCACUGCUGUGAGGACCAGAAGAACACAACCAUUAACAACAACAACAACAACAACAACAUCACCACCACCUUGCUGCUGCCAUCUCCAGAAAGGAAAAGGAAAGUUUGAGUGUGACAAGAUUUGAGACUGGGAGCAAGUUCAGCAGACACAGCCUUGUACACACUGGUGAGGGAAACCAUGAGUGGCCAGUGUGUGGGGAAAGACUCCCUGGGAAGGAUGACCUCAGCAAAUACACCCACACACUCUGCUGAAGGACCCCUAGAAUGCCAAGACUGUGGCAAAAGGUUCAGUUACAAGAGUAACCUCAGCAGACACACCCUUACACACACUGGUGAAAGACCUCAUGAAUGCCAAGAGUGUGGCAAAAGGUUCAGUAUAAAGAGUAACCUCAACACACACACCCUUACACACACUGGUGAAAGGCCUCAUGAGUGUGAGGUUUGUGGUGAGACAUUCAUUACGAAGAGCCACCUCAAAGUACACACUUAUAAACACACUGGUGAAAGGCUUCAUGAAUGCCAAGAGUGUGGCCAAAGGUUCAGUAGGAAGAGUGACCUCAACACACACACCCUUAUACACACUGGUGAAAGGCCUCAUGAGUGUGAGGUUUGUGGUGAGACAUUCAUUAGGAAGAGCCAGCUCAAAGUACACACUUAUAAACACACUGGUGAAAGGCCUCAUGAGUGUGAGGUUUGUGGUGACACAUUCAUUAGGAAGAGCCAUCUUAAAGUACACAUUUAUAAACACACUGGUGAAAGGCCUCAUGAAUGCCAAGAGUGUGGCCAAAGGUUCAGUAGGAAGAGUGACCUUAACAAACACACCCUUACACACACUGGUGAAAGGCCUCAUGAGUGUGAGGUUUGUGGUGACACAUUCGUUAGGAAGAGCCAUCUUAAAGUACACACUUAUAAACACACUGGUGAAAGGCCUCAUGAAUGCCAAGAGUGUGGUCAAAGGUUCAGUAGGAAGAGUGACCUCAACACACACACCCUUACACACCCUGGUGAAAGGCCUCAUGAGUGUGAGGUUUGUGGUGAGACAUUCAUUACGAAGAGCCAGCUCAAAGUACACACUUAUAAACACACUGGUGAAAGGCCUCAUGUGUGUCUGGAAUGUGGGAAAAGGUUCAAAGAGAAGCAAACCCUGGAGCGUCACACCUUCAGACACACUGGCCUGAGAGAGUUCAAGUGUGAUGUGUGUGGGAAGCACUUCAAGAUGAAGAUGGACAUUGCCAAACACAUGAAGACCCACUUCUGAGGUGCCACGUUGUGCCUGUGGUUGAGAGAGAGAGAGAGAAAAUAUUUCAGCCACUCUUGCACUGUGCCUUAUCAGAAUCUCAUAAUAACCAGUUCAGAAAGAUCAAACAUUCACCUGUUAAGUGUGUGUGUGUGUGUGUAUUCACCUAGUUCUAUUCACCUAGUUGUGACAUACAGGAAAAGAGGUACGCUCGCGCAGUCCCGUCUCCAUAUCCGCUCUUAUCCAACUUUUCUUAAAAUCAUGAAUGUUUCUUGCACAAACCACUUCCUCCUCCAGACCAUUCCACAGCUCAACUUAGAUCAAGUGGGAUCUAAGUGGGAAGCUAAACUUUUUCACAUCUCGCCUACACGCGGUCACCCUCAACUUUUUUCCAUGUCCUCUUGUUUCUCUCUCGCUCCACACACACAGGUCCUCUCUGUCCAGAUUCUCCACCCUGCUCGCCACCCUGUACACCGCUAUCAGGUCUCCUCUUUCUCUUCUUCUCUCCAGGGUUGUGAGCCCCAUGCUAUUGAGUCUCUCGUAAGUCCGAUCCCUAAGUUCCGGUACCAUCUUAGUUGCCAUUCUCUGUACUCUUUCCAGCUUUCCUAUAUUUUUCUUUUCGUGAGGAGACCAGACCACUGCUGCAUACUCCAACCUUGGCCUUAUCAUUGUAACUCUUAUUUUCUUCAUCAUCUCUUCAUCCAAAUACACAAAUGCCGUCAUUAUGUUCUUCAGCAAAUUCAUAGUUUGUCCCGUUAUCCUGUUGAUGUGUUUGUCCAGUGACAUGUUCUCUGAGAUAGUCACUCCCAAAUCUUUUUCUUCUAUUCCUCUGCAUAUUAUCUCACUUCCCAUCUUAUAAUCAUAUUCACAUCUUCUACCACUCCUACCAAACUCUAUUUUUUUACAUUUCCCAAGGUUAAAUUUCAUCUGCCAUGUACCACUCCACUCCUAUAUUUUGUCCAGGUCCCUCUGCAAUGCCUCACAGUCUUUAACAUCAUUGACUCGUCUCAAUAGCUUUGCAUCAUCUGCAAACAAACUCACAUAGCUGGUCACUCCUUCCACCAUAUCAUUUAUAUAAACAGCAAAUAUUAUUGGCGCCAGCACCGAACCUUGUGGGACCCCACUCCUCACUGGGCAUCAGUUGGAAGCCUUGUCCUUGAUUAUUGUCCUCAUUUCCCUGUUAGUUAGGAAGUCCUACAGCCACUUAAUUAGUUCAUCACCCACUCCACCCCUAUUCUUAAUUUUCCAAAUUAGUCUUCUGUGCUGUACUUUGUCGAAUGCCCUUUUCAAAUCCAGGUACACUCCAUCCCCCCAGCCUUCUCUCUUGUAUUAAAUCUGUCACCCUUGAGUAAUAACAUAACAAGUUGGUGACACACGACCUCCCUCUCCUGAAUCCAAACUGGCAAUCCGAGAUAAUUCUCUCACUUUCCAAAAAAUCCGACCACCUGUUUUUAACUAGCCUCUCACGUAUCUUCGCAACCACACAAGUGAGUGAUACCGGUCUGUAAUUUAAUGGGUCCUCUCUCUUCCCUCCUUUAUAAAUUGGUACUAUGUUUGCUCUCUUCCAAUCUUGUGGUACCCUUCCUUCACUCAGGGAGGCGCUCAUUAUGGAGUGCAGUUUCUCUGCAAGUUGCUCACUACAUUCUUUCAGGAUCCACCCUUGUACUUCAUCCGGCCCUGUCGCCUUUCUUACAUCCAGCUUGUUCAAGCUUUCCUUGACCUCCUGCACCAUUAACUGUAUCUCCUGCAUAACCCUUCCUCUUUCCUGGCCCGGUGGUUGUACGAAUUCGUCUUCCUUUGUGAAAACUCUAUGAAAGCUAUUGUUCAUCACUUCUGCCAUCUCUGCUGGGUCUUCAUAUGUAGUUCCAUCCAUUUUCAGUUUAUUGAUUGUUUUUCUUCUUUAAUUUGCCGUUCACAUGUCUAUUAGAUAAUUUAGGUUGGUCUUUGCAUUUGUCGAUUACCAUAUUUUUCGGCUUACAAGACGCACUUUUUUUCCUAAAAAAUACCAUGAAAAAUACUUGUGCGUCUUCCAAGACGAAUGUUGUAUUGUGGCAGCAACGUCCAGGCUCAAGUGAGCUUGGACGGUCACCGUAUUGGCUCGACCGAUAGGGACGUGGAUUUUUUUUUUUUUUUUUUAUUUACGUCGCUGCCUAUUGCGCCGGUAGGCAUCUUCCUGGUGGGGCCUGAUGGUCGGCCCACGGCUUCUUCCAGGUGGGGCCUGAUGGUCGGCCCAGCCCGUUCUGGCGCAGGCGAGUGUUUAUAGUGGCGCCAUCUUGCAUUGGCUCAUGCUGCCCCCCGGAGCUCGUUCUUGAUUUGCUUGGACAGCUUCCUCUAGAGUCCGUGUUGAUGGGUGGUCUUCAGGACAGCAUGUGGGUAGUUUUAAGCCACUCGGCGGUGACUGAAAAAUCCGAGUGGUAGCGUGGGGAUUCGAACCCGCGUCGUCCAUCACGCGGUGAAUGUGGGCCCAGUACGCUACCAUUUCGGCCACCGC